AUAUCCAUCACCUGCAAGCUGCGGUCACUGGAAUUCAAGCCGAACUUCAGGGAGAAAAGUGACACCAGCCUGCACGAAUUCAUCAGCAAUGAUCUUGGCAAAUUUAUGAUGGACAACCGCCUCGAGGAUCCUCUGGCCUCAGUCUCUGCCUCAGCCGCAGAGGCAGUGCCGCCUGGCAUGUGUGUGACGGAUCUGCCGUUUGAGAUCAUCUUGAAAAUACUCAGCUACCUGGACCUUAAGUCACUGUUUCGCGUGGGGGGCGUGUCGCGCACCUUCUACGACAUCUCUACGCAUCCGCUGCUCUACGCCGAGCUCAACCGGAAGCCCUAUUGGCUGGUGGCCAGCUCGGAGCUCCUGUGCACUCUGGCCCGCCGGGCCACCAUGCUGCGCAAACUGGAUCUCUCCUGGUGUGGUGGCUCCAACGAAAUUUCACCCACCGUAUUCAAAAAAUUUCUGACCCAGCGAGGCGAUAAUCUUACCCACCUGCGGCUAAACUCUUGUAAAUUUCUAAACGCCAGCUGCAUUGAGAAUGUGGGCAUAGUCUGUGAUAAUCUGAUUGAGUUGAGCCUGCGUAAUUGUGCCACUGAUCCGCCGCUACUGAACUUCUCCUGUCUGGCAAAUCUUAAGAACCUGGAGCGUCUUGAUCUCUUCCAAACGGCCUUCGAUACAGAGCUGCUGCUCAGCAUGCUCGAGGGCAAUCGCAAGCUUAAGCAUCUGAAUCUAGCCUUCUGCGGUGUGUCGGUGAAUAUGGACGAUGUGGCCGAUCACCUGGCCAUGUACAACACACAGCUUGUAUCGCUGGAUCUGUGGAAGGCGCACUUUCUGUCGGCUCGAGGACUUUUAGCCAUAUCUCGGUGUUCUCAGUUGGAGGAGCUCGAUCUGGGCUGGUGCCUGCGUGAGGCAUCGCUGGGAGAUGGCUUGUUUCAGUUGCUGUCCAACUGUCCCAAGCUGAGGAAGCUAUUUCUGUCGGCAGUGCGGGGCACCACUGAGCGGGAUCUCAUACACAUUGCCACGCUGGGCAAAAACCUGGAGCAAUUGGAUCUCAUGGGGAUACUGAAUAUAACGCACGAACGUAUUUACGACAUUCUGGUUCAUUGCCCCAAGCUUCAGCUGUUGGAUCUGAGUUUUUGCGAAAACAUUAUGGAGCGUGAGUUCGAUGUACUGGCUGAAUGGUCGAGACAGUUUAAUGUAGAUAUCAAGAGCAGCCGCAUCUUCGAUACUAGAUAGGUGAUCGCAGGAAACGAGAGUGAAGCCACCAUGGCCAUAUCUUGUAGCUAUUAUAAAUAAUGGAUGUGCAAUUUGUAUGUGUGUGCGGCACUCUCUCUUUUCCGUUCCUAGUAAAAUUGUACCUUUUAAUAUUGUUUAA